AUGGGAGCCAUCGCCUCCAUUUGCGCGUCCCGCGAGAGCAGCGGGGCCAAGCCAAGAGAGAGCGAGACGCUGAAGAUCGGCGGCAUUCUGCGCCCGGGGGAAGUAGGGCGCGUCUGCGAGCUCUUCGCCGGCAUCGGCGGCUGGCGCUUGGCCCUGGACGCCGCGGCCGCGGACGCGGCUGGCGCGCCCAAGCUGCGGAUCGAGGCCUUCGACAGCGGGCCGCACUGCAGCGAGGUCUAUCUCCGGAACUUUGGGGAGCGCUGCUGCCGGCGGAACAUUGAGCAGCUUUCGCCCAAAGACCUGGAUGGCUUCGACCUUUGGCUGAUGUCACCGCCCUGCCAACCCUUCAGCACCACCAGGGAGGCGAAGCAGCGGGAUUUGGGCGACAAGCGCUGCGAUGCGCUGAGCCACUUGUGCAAAGUGCUGCCGUUGCUGAAGCAGCCACCGCGGUGGAUUGCCCUGGAGAACGUGAAGGGCUUCAGCGGCAGCGAUGCCUGCUGCAAAUGGCGAGCUGCGCUGAGGGAAGCAGGCUUUCGAGACCGGGAGAUGAUUUUGGACCUUCAGAGCUUCGGCACACCCAACCACCGCACCCGCUACUACCUCCUUGCGGAGCGGGAGACUGAGCACUUGAGGAGCGCUCCGAAGCCCAGGCUCGCCCAGCAGGGAGAGGUACAAGAAGGCACGUCCUGCAGCUUGUGGUCUGGCGAUGCUCCCACAUCCAUCUCAACUUUCCUCGAGGAGAUGGAUGAACACGAGAAGACGCAGCUGCUGGUGCCUCUAGAGGUGCUGUCAAAGCCGUUUGCGCCCGGCCUGAGCUAUGUGCGAGCCAAGGAUGUCCGCAGUUUUUGCUUCACUGGCCACUACGGCAAGGUGAUGCACAAGUCCUCGGGCUCCCUGCUGCACCUCUCCUCCGAAGCCAUCGACCGCGCCCGGCUGCCGCAAGCCUUCGGAGAGGUGAGGCUCUUCAGCCCCAAGGAGAUCCUGAACUUCUUGGGCUUCCCGGCCAGCUUCUCGCUGCCCGGCGACAUGCCCUUGAAGCACCGCUACAAGGUGGUGGGGAACUCCAUCGCGGUGACCGUGGCCAAGGAGCUGCUGAAGCUGCUGCUCUACGGCCAGGGCGCCGAGAGCCUCUGCGCGCGCGAGCAGAGGCGGAUGCGUACGGAAAGCUUAGUGGAGUGGUGA